GCUGAAAACUGAGGUUGAGAGGCAUAAGAAAACAUGGGUUUUAGCUACUUGUGGGUUUUAUUGCUCUGCAUAGUUGGGGAGGGUUUGGUGAAGGGGGCCCUUGGAGUUGGUGGCUUGGCAUGCAACUGGGGAACCCGUUCUACGCAUCCAUUGCCGCCUAGUAUAGUUGUCAAGCUUUUGAAGGACAAUGGAUUCAGCAAAGUGAAGCUCUUUGAAGCUGAUCCUGGGGCAUUGCAAGCUCUUGGGGGAACUGGUAUCCAGGUUAUGGUGGGUAUACCCAAUGAGUUAUUGGCACCACUUGCUAGCAGUGUUACUGUUGCUGAGAACUGGGUGUCUAAAAAUGUGUCAUAUUACAUAUCCAAAAAUGGCGUCGAUAUAAGGUAUGUGGCUGUGGCCAAUGAACCGUUCCUCAAAACCUACAAAGACACUUUCCUGCAAACCACAUUUCCAGCUCUCCAAAACAUCCAAGCAGCCCUGAUAAAAGCAGGGCUAGGGAGACAAGUGAAGGUGACAAUUCCCCUAAAUGCAGACGUUUACCAGACUGACAGCGGCCUUCCAUCCGGAGGCAACUUCCGGUCCGACAUCCACAGCCUCAUGAUGUCCAUCUUGAAGUUUCUCAGUGACAAUGGUGGUGCCCUCACCAUCAACAUCUACCCUUUCCUCAGCCUCCAAGCUGACCCCGACUUCCCCAAAGAGUAUGCCUUCUUCAACAACACUUCAAAGCCCGUUGUUGAUGGCUCCAUCUCAUACACCAAUGUGCUUGAUGCCAACUUUGACACCUGCAUUGCUGCCCUUGAAAAGAAUGGCUUCUCCUCAUUGCCGGUCAUCGUUGGGGAGGUUGGAUGGCCAACGGAUGGUGACCCUAAUGCUAACAUAGAAGAUGCCCGGCGGUUCAAUCAAGGCCUUGUAAGCCGCAUACUUGCAGGGCAAGGCAGCCCAAAGAGGUCAACCCCACCUGACAUUUACAUCUUUGGGCUCAUAGAUGAAGAUGCCAAGAGCACCCAACCUGGGAAUUUUGAGAGGCAUUGGGGGGUGUUCAAUUUUGAUGGCUCAAUCAAAUACUCAUUGGAUAUUGGUCGUGGAAAAGCCUUGGUACCAGCAAAAGGGGUGCACUAUUUGGCCAGGCAAUGGUGCAUAAUGGCACCAGAUGCAAGCCCUUCAGACCCCAAUUUGGCUCAGAGCAUCAACUAUGCUUGCUCUUAUGCAGAUUGCACAAGCCUUGGAUAUGGCUCAUCUUGUGGCAUGCUUGAUGCUAGAAGCAAUGCCUCUUAUGCUUUCAACAUGUACUAUCAAACCAUGGAUCAGCGCAAAGGUGCUUGUGAAUUCUCCAAUCUCUCAGUCACCACAACUACGGAUCCAUCUCCAACUCAAAAUGGUCAGAAUCGUUCGUGCCGAUUCGAGAUCAUGAUUGAUCUGGGAAAGCAUGAAAAGCCUCGACGACCUCGUUCUUCACCGGCUGCCGGAUUAAGGGAGCACAAUUCCCACAAAGUUGUGAUGGUGUUACUUGUCCUUGUUCUAGUGUCCACAUUGAUGAUCUAAUUUCCACCACUUCUUUGUAUAUUUUAAGGGUUACUUACUUGUGAGUGAAUCAAUGCA